CGGCACACAAAACUUAACGCUUGCUAAAAUCUAAAGCAAACACCAACCAAAAUGAAGGCUAUUCCAUGGGAAGCUGCACCCAUGAAUUGAAUUCAAAUCAUACAAAAAAAACCCAAAAAUACUCAAUCCAAAAGUCCAUAUGGAUUGCUGACACACCCAUUUCCAGAAAUGGAGGAAGAGCAAGAGCAGGAGCACCAUGAACAGAAACGUAAUCACCACCAUCCCAGCAUUAUCCUCCACCAUGGGAAGCUUCCCAAGCGGAUAAUCCUAGUGCGCCAUGGAGAGUCGGAGGGGAACCUCGACAAGGCGGCGUACGCCACCAUCCCCGAUAACAAGAUCCCACUUACCCCAUUGGGAAUUUCGCAAGCCCGUUCCACUGGGGCCCGUCUCUACGAUCUCAUCUCCCGCCACUCCUCCCCUAACUGGCGGGUCUACUUCUACGUCUCCCCUUACGAGCGCACCCGAUCCACCCUCCGCGAGAUCGGGCGGUCGUUUUCCAAGAGGCGUAUAAUCGGGGUUAGAGAGGAGAGUAGGGUGAGGGAACAGGACUUUGGGAACUUCCAGGUGCAGGAGAGUAUGCCCGCUAUCAAGGAGGCUCGUGAGAGGUUUGGUAGAUUCUUUUAUCGUUUUCCUGAAGGAGAAUCCGCCGCCGAUGUCUUUGACCGUGUCUCCAGUUUUCUUGAAUCUCUUUGGAGAGACAUAGACUUUAACAGGCUUCACAGUGAUCCUGCUGAAGACCUAAAUCUUAUAAUCAUAUCUCACGGGCUGACAUCCCGGGUCUUUCUAAUGAAGUGGUUCAAGUGGACGGUGGAGCAAUUUGAGCGUUUAAACAAUCUUGGGAACUGUGAGAUUCGAGUUAUGGAACUGGGACACGGUGGUGAAUACAGCUUGGCUGUCUACCACACAGUCGAAGAAUUGCAAGAAUGGGGGUUGUCACAAGAAAUGAUAGAAGACCAGAAAUGGCGAGUCCAAGCCACCAGGGGUGCCUGGAAUGAACACUGUCCCUGGUAUCUUGACGAGUUUUUUGACAACUUACUUGAAACAUCAGAGGAUGAAGACAAACCUCUGGAUGAAGAAGAACAUAUAUCAUUAUCGGAAACAUCAAACAAUGAAGGUAAUUUUGAUGAUGAACAAUAGAUACCAACAUAUUCUUUGACAAUACAUGCACAGUCGCCUCAGAAAUUCUUUUGAUUAAAUUUGUAAUGAUAGCAGCUUGUCAUUAAUAGAAGAUUUAGACGGUUCUCAUUCUCAUGGAAGAUCAAACAUGUAGGUUGUAGUUGUAGAUAUUAACGUG